AUGAGACUGGUCUUCAUUAACAAUAGGCUACUUGAGGAGAGUCAAGAACUGAAUGAAACAGAAGAGAACGAUCAAAAUGAGAAACAGCAUGAUUUCAAAACUGAAGAAGAAUCAAUUAGUUGCUCACAGACUGAAAAGACUUCCUCACCUAAAAAUGCUCAAAAAACACAAACUACAAACCUUAAUUCCCACUUAACUCCCCAUCAUGCUGGAGAGAGCUCUUUCACCUGCCAACAGUGUGGACAAGUUUUCAAUCAAAAAAGAUGCCUUAAAGUCCACAUGAAAAUUCACAUUGAAAAGAAACCGUUCAUAUGCCCUCAGUGUGGAAAGAGUUUUACACGGAAAUAUUACCUUAAUGCCCACAUGAAAAUUCACACUGGAGAGAGACUUCACACCUGUAAACUGUGUGGAAAGAGUUUCACACAGAAAAGUCAACUUAAUGUCCACAUGAGAAUUCACACUGGAGAGAAGCCUUUCACAUGUGAUCAGUGUGGGAACAGUUUCAGACGAAAUGCAGAGCUUCAGACUCACAUGAUAAUUCACACUGGAAAGAAACCUUACAUGUGUAAUCAGUGUGGAAAGAGUUUCACACAAAAUAGUCAACUUAAAGUUCACAUGAGAAGUCACACAGGAGAGAGGCCGUUCACCUGCAAACUGUGUGAGAAGAGUUUCACACUAAAUAGAUAUCUUAAGACUCACAUGAUUAUUCACAUGGAAAAGAAUCCAUUCACAUGCUCUCAGUGUGGGAAGUGUUUUACACAGAAAAGAACCCUUGAUGCCCACAUGGUAAUUCACACUGGAGAGAAGCCGUUCACCUGCCUUCGGUGUGGGAAGGGUUUCAGACUAAAAGAAAACCUUCAGACUCACAUGAGCAUUCACACUGGAGAGAAGCAAUUUGAAUGUCAACAGUGUGGAAGGAGAUUUACACAAGAAAAACUCCUUAAUGCCCACGUGAGAGUUCACACGGGAGACAAGCCUUUCACCUGCCCUCAGUGUGGGAAGAGUUUCACGAAUAAAACAAACCUAAAGACUCACAUUAGAAUUCACACUGGAGAGAAUCCAUUCACAUGUGAUCAGUGUGGAAAGAGUUUCAGAUAUAAUGCAAACCUUAUUAGUCACAUGAAGAUUCACUCAGAGAACGGUUUUAAAUGUCAUCAGUGCGAAAGGAGUUUCACAGACAUGAAUCACCUUCAGGAUCAUGUUAAAAUUCACAUCUGAGAAAAGCCUCUCAUGUGCCAUCACUGUGGAAAGAGUUGCUCAAGAGAAGAUAACCUCAAAGAUUCACAUGAGAGUUCACACUGGAGAGAAACCUCACAAGUGUCUUCAGUGUGAGAAGAGUUUCACAUGUCAACGCAGCAUGAAACGUCAUUUGCGAACGCAUUCUGAGAAGAAAUGGCCAUUUUCCUUAGUGGGAAGAGGUUUAGAAAAAGGAGAGAUUUCUAUAAUCAUCUGUGCAUUCAUUCUGGAAGACAAUUCAAUUGUAGUCAAAUAAUAAUUUGCCAUCACACUGAAAAGUCAUGCAAAUGUGAGAUCCAGAGACCCAAGAGUUUGACAAGAAAAAAUGCUACAUCUGAUUGUUACCUACUAAAGACUACUUCUUUUACUUGCAUCCUUCAUCUCUUUAUGCUUCACCAUAAGGCAUUUUCUUUUCUUUUGUGCAUUUGUACUCCUGUGGCCAUACCUGAUCAUCUUCUUUGCUGUAGUUUCAAAUAUUGAACCGUUACAGUAGAUUCCCUCAAAUUUUGAGUUAUGUCACUCAAUUCCAUGUGUUGAUUUCCUUUGAGUCAAAAUUUACAAGUCAAACUUGUACCUUGCUGGGAAAAGCAACAAUGUAACUUGAAGAUUAUCAAUAAAUUGAUAUAAACUGAACAAAAUGAUUUGUUCCCAUAGAUUGUAGGUGUAUUUUAGCUUAUCGUUUAGUCGAUUUCAAUUGAAUGUUGUAAUAUCUGGAUAAGUUUACUGAUUGUAGAACUCUGGAAAUACCAGGCAACUUUAAAUUUAUGAUCAGGAAAAGCAUGGAAAUAUUAUUCUAGUUGUGCGCAGGUCUGAAUGUUAUCAGCACAGUUUAUUCUUUGUUGUGCUUCCAGUAGCGUGCAUGUACAUGUACAUACUGU